AUGAUCAUUAUUCUGGAUAAAAAAGUGCUUUUACUACAUCAGUCUGUAAAAGACUAUUUAGUUGGAGCUAAUUCGAACUAUUUUAUCAAUGAACUCGAGGCACAUGCAAAUGUUGUUUAUCGAUGCGUGAAUCUUCCAAUGGAAACAUACCACGGCAAAGAGCAGUCGAAUAUACCUUUCUUCAAAUAUGCAAUUGAAAGAUGGCCUGAUCACGCGCGUAUGGCAAAGUCAAGAUUCGAAGUCAGAGAUUCAGAAGCCGAGUUCUUUCAAGUCAAUUCACAGAGCCGGGAGCACUGGCUCGAAGCAUUAUAUGAUCAUUGGGAUCGCAACGGUAUUCCGGAGGAUUACGACAUCCCGGGAGAUGACGAAGAUCCAGAGAUUUACAACAUCCCCAGAAAUAUGUCUAUUUUACAUAUAGCUGGACGGUGGGGAAUUGCCUCUUUAGUGGAUUAUAUUGCCAAACAGGUUCGUCAAGAGUCUAAUACGAAGAAACUAAUUUCAUCUCUUGAUUUGGAUUGUGUUGAUUCAGAUAACGCAACACCGAUCGAAUUGGCCAUCAAAUGCGGGUCUGUGAGCGUUAUUUCUAAAUUACUUUCCUUGGGUGCAGAGGUCAACGAACGCUCGGUGACGGCUGCGGCGAAAGACUGGAAGCACGGCGAAGAAAUAAUAACAUUACUCUUUAACCGAUAUGGAGACCAGAUUCUUAUUACCGAGGGUAUUAUUUAG